UCUGGCAUGUAUGUUGUGUACGAAUAUUGAAAAAUACUUCGAGAAAAGGGAAUUUACGAGGAAAAUAAAGUUGACUAAUUUACGCUAAUCUGGUUCAAAGGCGAAAGAAGGAGUCACAAUCAGCUGGACAUAUAUUUCCAAGAUGAGCUAUGAAACGUUCCCUGCGAAUCCCUACAACGAGGCAUCUUACAAUCAAUCCAACCUCCCUCCAAGGUACCAGAGACCUCCUCCCUGGAUUCCUCCAAAAGAAAGGGUUGGGCACCCAGACUACGACAACAACCUCUCCAAGUUUCUCCUUCGUUCUGUUAAAUUCAGAAGAUCAAAGUCCAACGAACAGUUGGGGUUCAGUAUACGAGGCGGAGCCGACUAUGGAUGCAGGAUAUACAUAUCUGGGGUGAUUCCAGAGUCAGUGGCUUACAGAGUUGGUAUGAAGCCGGGCGAUCUCAUUCUUAGUAUCAAUGGCAUCGACUUCUCUAAUGUAACAUAUGAUGAGGCAAUCAAGGUCUUGAAGAAUCUUGAUGAAGUAGAGGCUAGACUGAAAUAUUGUCCUCAUGGAUAUUACAAGACUUAUGAGAGAACGGGUGAAGUCCCACCUGUUGAGGAACAUUGAUAUACGACACCUUGCCUUAUAAUUCAUCAAGUUGAACGUGACUCACAACAAAACCAUUUAUGACUAUCACCACUGAAAUUAUUUUUAGAUAUUGUCUCGGUGUUCAGUGCAUUUUUAAAAGUAUAGUUUAUGAAGAGGUGACACUGCCUACUUGCUAUACAGAGUUUGUAUAUUUGAUAUAAGUUUGUUUUGGCACAAGUUAAAAGCAGGUUAAUGGGAGUUAUUUUUUUUGACAUUUGAGGACUAAAAAGGUGAAUAGUAAAUUAAUUAUAGCGAGAUAGAUUGUUUAUGGUUAUACAAUGUAAUCACUGCAAUAUUGAUUUUGAAGUGCAUUAUUCAUGUUGAUUUAUUUCAUUUGUUUUUUUAUAGUUAUUUUA